AUGGACCGCCACCGCCACCACCGCCGCCGCCCCCACCACCACCACCACGCUGGCCACCAAGUCAUCUCCUUCAAUCUCUCAGGGUGCAUGAAACUUCCCCAAAUCAAAGACACCAUCACAAAGACACCCCCAGGCACCACCACCUCCUCCUCCUCAUCCUGUCCUCCUCCCAAGAAAAACCACCACCGCGGCCACCACUUUGCGGCCACCGAUCCCUCGUCCCCGAAACUUGGCUGCAUGGGCCAGAUCAAAAGGAAAAACAAGUCAUCUAGCUCCAUCUCCUCCUUCUCUUCCUCCUCCUCGCCGUCGUUGAGCACCGGUUCUUCGGAUUCGAGGAGCGGCAACAAGUUGUUCGGGCUUAAGAGGGCCUUCAUGGUGAGGAGCGUGGGGUCACAAGCGAGCUCGACGGUCCGGGAUGACCGCGGCGGCGUGCCGGUGGUGGUGAGCGUGGCUGAUUUGGACCCGCCGCUGCCGGUGGUGAGGCGGCGACCGGUGAGCGACAUGAAUUCGGUCAGCUUGUGGGAGAGGAGAUGCGGUGGGGAGGCGCUGAGGGGCAUCCAGCUCGAGCAGCCGCAGCUUCACCUCUAUGCCACUGCGCUGUAGCGCUGGGUGGGGAGCCAACGGUCGAAAAGGGAAGCAAACGGCCAUCUAGUGCUGCACAUACUUCUAAUCAAAUGAAAAUGUUGCAUAUAUUAUUGUUGCUUUAAAGGUUGGGAAUAGUACUAUCGCUUUGUUUAGUAUCAUGCAAAUUUGGGCCUUGAUGGCAACGAUGGAUCAAUCCUAUUCCUUUUGUUUUGUUUUUUUUGUCCCCCCCCCCUCCUUUUUUCCUCAAAUAAAAUCAUUGUAAACAGA